AUGUGGCUUAGAGAUGAAAAGAACACUUUGGAUGUGGCAUUGGUGAAGGAGGUUGAUUCGGGUCCCCUACCGAGACUGCGCAUUCAACCACGUUCACUGGCGUCGGGAUUCUAUCAUGUCGGCUUAAGUGCUCGAGAUCGGUAUGCGGACGGCCGAGAAGAGAUGGUAGACGUGGAUGACGGUUACAUUGAAAUCCUUGCCGCACCACUGAUAAUUCGUCUUCUCAACACUUCAAUGUCUCGAGUCUCGGUUUCCCAGGAUUCAGGUGAUCUGUGUCUACGUCCGGAGGUCUACUCCAUUGCUCCCACCAAUGCACAAUUGAUUGAGGCAAGGUUACCUUGGUGGAAUAUAACCUGCACUGUGGUGGAUGCUGCAUACAUCGGAGCGGAAUGCGGGAUUGCAGAACUUCCAUCGCAGAAAGGCAGCAUCUGCAUACCGACAAAGUGGCUUCAGCUUCAUCGCAUCUACAAAUUCAUGGCUGUCGGAAGGACACUCACUCAAGUGGGCAAAGGCGAAAUCGAGAUUGUCGUCGAUGCCAUGGGGGCACUGGGGAUAAGAAUCAGUGCCCUUAAGCGGGGCCUCCUGUGGGAAGGCUUUGACAUACACGGCGCCUACAUCAGCGCCAAUGCCACAUUGGUGCUGACUGGAAGGUGCUCGGAGGCAUGUCCAAAGCCCUACCAGUGGAGAAUUUUUGAGGUGCGUGGAGGAGAGAGCACUGCCACUGAGCUACUGCCGGAGGCCUUGCAAUCAAAUGUAGAAGGUGCGUAA